AUGCCUCCGUUCGUUCCGCGCAAAAGGCGCUCGCCUUCGCCAGAAGCUCCUCCUGCGAAACGAAGAGAAACUGCCCGUGGCAAGAAAGCUCCCGUCGACGAGAAACCCACCAAGUCCACCAAGCCAAAGAGCAGCGUCUUUGAUGCAAUCGACACACUGACCACCAAGGCGACGGCUGAAGAGGCCAAGAACUUCUUUGCGAGCGUUGGUAAAGGCGACAGCGAUGACAAUGACGACAACGAUGCCUCAUCCGAAGACGACGACCACGAGUUUGAAGAUGUGCCCAUGAAAGAAGCACCGAAAGAGCAGGACGAUGGCGACGACAUGGACUGGGAAGAUGCUAUCCCUGCUCAGGAAGACAAGGUCGACGACGACAGUGCCAUCCAAGACAUCAACAUUUCCAUCAACGAAGACGGCAGUGUCCAGGCUGUUGCUGCUGCUGAACAACAAGCAAAGGCUAAAAAGGGUCCUUCCAAAAGAGAACGCCAGGCACGAAUCCGAGCACACUGUAUACAUGUCCAAACCCUGCUCUUCCACAACGCCGUCCGUAACUCAUGGCUCAACGACAAAGAACUACACAAAACUCUCCUCGACAGUCUCAGUCAAGGUGUCAAGGACGAGAUUGACCGUUGGAAGAUCAAUAUGGGCAUGAAGCAACCACCACCCAAGAAGAAGCAAAAGGGAAAGAACAAGGGAAACAGCAAAGCCCGAGAUUGGGGACAGGACGCUGAUAGACUCGAGCCUGGCGUGCCCAAUCUCAGUAGCGGAGACCCUCUGCUCAGACUGCUCAAAGUCCUGACUGCCUAUUGGAGAAAGCGUUUCAGCGUCACUGCUCCUGGUAUACGCAAGCAAGGUUACCUGCCUCAACGACUCAUCACCUACGAGAUCAAGGCUUGGGCUAAGAAUAAGUCCAACGCCGGACGCCACGGCGAGCGUAUUGAGAACAUCGACGAGUUUCGCAAGUGCGCAAAAGAAUAUCGAGGCUCGCGAGAUGUCGGUGCUCAGCUGUUCACUGCUCUAAUCAGAGCCAUCGGUAUCGAUUCCAGAAUGGUGGCAAGUUUGCAACCUGCUGGCUUUGGUUGGACAAAGGUUGAGGAUGGUGAGAUUAAGAAGCAACCUCAAACUUCAUCUUCGAAUCCUGUCGAGAUUUCUGAUGACGAGAGUGAUGCUGCUGAGUCUCCGAAACCCAAGUCAAAAGCAAAAGCGAAAAAGCCCGUCAAAGCUGAGAAGCCGGCUCGAAAAUCCACUCGCAAAUCAAAAGGCGCUGUGGUCGAAGACGAGUCUAGUGAGCUCUCAAGUAUUCCAUCAGACGCCGACGACGAUGACGAUGCUUCGGUAAUCGACAUCACACCCGCACCUCCACUCAAGAACAGCAAGAAGUAUGACCGUGACUUGGCAUAUCCUCAUUACUGGACAGAAGUUCUUUCUCCCGUCUCGAACACUUACAUCCCCGUCGACUCUAUUGUCCUUUCCACUGUCGCUAGUAACCAAGAGCUAUUGUCUACUUUCGAGCCUCGAGGCAAGCGCGCCGACCAAGCCAAACAGGUUAUAUGCUAUGUCGUUGCUCACAACCAAGAUACUACUGCCAAAGAUGUUACUGUUCGUUAUCUCAAGAAGCAUCAACUGCCUGGCCGUACAAAAGGCUUCCGUAUGCCUGUCGAGAAGAUCCCUGUUCUUAAUAAGCGUGGCAAGGUCAUCAAGACUGAAGACUACGACUUCUUCAAGCGUAUCAUGUCACCAUUUGUGCGGCCUCAAAACAAGCGUACUGCAGCAGACGACGUCGAAGAGUCAACAGAUCUCAAACCUUUCAAGCCAGUGACUGAGAAAGCCAAGGUUGCGACCGAGUCACUGCAAUGGUACAAACAAAGUGCCGAGUUUGUGCUUGAGCGCCAUCUUCGUCGUGAAGAAGCCAUUCUUCCUGAAGCCAAGCAAGUCAGGACAUUCACUUCAGGCAAAGGUGACAAGGAGAAAUCAGAACCUGUCUACAGGAGAGCUGACGUUGUGAAUUGCAAGACCGUCGAAUCAUGGCAUAAAGAAGGUCGGCAAAUCAAACUCGGCGAACAACCUCUAAAGAUGGUCCCUGUACGAGCUGUCACCCUCAUGCGCAAGCGCGAGAUGGAAGAAGCUGAACGUGAAACUGGUGAGAAGCUCAAGCAAGGUCUUUACGGUAUCGAUCAGACCGAAUGGAUCAUCCCACCGCCCAUCGAGAAUGGUGUCAUUCCAAAGAAUGCAUACAACAAUAUUGACGUGUAUGUGCCAUCGAUGGUGCCCAAAGGUGCUGUCCACAUACCCCUUCGCAGCACUGCUAGGAUCUGCAGAAAGCUGAACAUCGACUACGCCGAAGCUUGCACGGGGUUCGAGUUUGGCAAACAGCGUGCAGUUCCUGUCAUCACCGGUGUAGUUGUAGCUGCCGAGAACGAAGACGCUGUUAUUGAUGCUUGGGAAAUUGAAGAAGCUGAACGCAAACGUAAAGAGGACGUCAAGAGACAGGCUACUAACCUGCAUCUGUGGCGCAAAUUUCUUAUGGGCUUGCGUAUCGUCGAACGUAUUAGAUCGGACUAUGCUGGUCGACAAAAUGAAAUCGACGAGGUCAAUCCAUUCGUCAACCGCGACAAGCAGAAAAAGAAGAAGGCACCGAGAGACGAGAUGACUCUGGGUGGCGGCUUCUUGGUCUCUGACGACGAGGAGGACGAGAAAUCCAAGGAGACAAAAGAGGAAGACACAGACCUCAGUCUUGGUGGUGGUGGUGGCUUUAUGCCUGAAGACGAAGACGAGGACAAUACCAAAGUCGAGGAAGAUGUCGAUACUGAGAUGGGCGGUGGCUUCUUACUCGAUGAUGACGAUGCAGAGGAAGAGAAGAAGCCAGUCACCAGCUCGCACUUCGCACCCAUGUCUCUGGCAUCCGCACACCGUCAAGCACAAUCAUCAGACGCCGAGCCCGUAAAAGAGGAAGAAGAAAGCGAGGAAGAGCUGGACGAAGAACCGCCAAGUACACGUCGCAACCCUCGUACAUCCACCGCUACUGCUAAACCAAAAGCAAAGCCCAAAGCAGCACCAAAAGCAAAGGCCAAGCCUGCUAGCAAGCCCGCACCCAAAGGUGCUGCUAGAAAGAGCAAAGUAGUCGUCUCCGAGUCCGAAGAAGACAACGAAGACCAAGACGAGGACAAAGUCGCCCACUCUUCCUCCCUCUCCGAUCUCACCGAUGCGUCCGAAGAUUCUGCACCAUCAAAGCCGAUUAAGAGACGCAACUCUUCACCUCGCGUCGUCAUUUCACCCCGUAAGAGGAACGGUAUCAAGAAAGAGAUUAAGAGUCCUUACUUUUCACAUACCGAGGAUGAUGGUGGCGGUGAGGAGAUGGAUGAGGAUGACGAGGAAAGCGAGGAAGAGGUUGUGAAGCCUAGGAUGACCACCAGACGCACGAGAGGCAAGGCAUAA